CGUCCGAAUAAUGAUACAAAGGCCAAAGUUGAAGAGUUUUGGGCAAAUAAGCGUAAACCACAAGACCAGGAGUUCGCCAAUCUGUUGGAAGACAUUGAUGUGUCUUCGCUAAAACUGAGAGAAAAACAUCUUGAUGUUCUCAUAAAUAAUCAAGAUGAUUUGAAAACAGUUUUAGACUUGGCUCCUAAAGUUGGAAAUGGUGUCAAGAAAUUGGAACUAAUUUUAGAAACUUCAUCAGAAGAUGUAGAACAAUAUGAAACAGAGAUAAAUUUAGCGACACUAUUGAACAGAACAGGAUCAAUUGACGAAUGCAAUGAAACAGAAAGAUGUCAAUUCAUCUCUGCCAUUUUAUAUGGUGCUCUAGACACUUUAAGCGAGAGGGACGUAAAAAUGCGCAGAGAAUUGUUCUUGUCCAGAAUUAGUGGUAGAGGCAGACCUGACUAUACCAUUAAGAAAGGAGAUGAUAUUCUUUGCACAGUAGAGGCGAAGAUGACGAAUAUUGAACAUGGAUUUUGUCAAAACCUUGUUCAAUUGCAGUGUGCGGUCGAACAAUAUAAAAAAAGGAAGCAUGAUUGCUUGGAGUAUGUUUAUGGUGUCGUUACUACUGGUGAUAAGUGGUACUUUACCUUAGUCAACUCCAACAAUGAAGUAGGAGCCAUAAGUGAGCCCUUAAUGGUAAGCUUGAAUAAUUCUAAUGUCACUGAAGAAGUUCUCAAAAGUGACAUAGGAAAUUUGUUUUCGGUAAUUCGAACAAUACUUUUAGACAAACUAAAAAGCUUCGAAGAACCGAAAAAAAGAUCCCAAAAAAUUGUUCAGCUUAUAGGCCCCUCUUCAUCGUCUGAAGCGUAG